AUGAAGCCCGAGUCGUUGCUUCUUCUUUUCGCGGACGCCGUCUUUCGUUUCCUCAGGUACCGCCACUACACUGUCGACAUUGUGUAUUUGUGGGCAGAAGAAGUGCGAGACAAGCCGCAGAGCAUUGCCGAGUUUUGGCUGUUCAUCUCCAUCUUCGCCAGCUGCGAAGAGGCGGCGGUACUAGGCAACGUCGCCCAGCGGGGUGGCAUGCGGGUGAUAGGACAGACUGCGCGGUGGACCAUCGUCCUCCUGGCCAUGCUUGCCUUCCUGGCCGGGCUCGGCGUCGACCUCGCGCACAAGUACUUCCUCGUCAACGCGCUCGACCCAUCCAGCAGCGAGGACCCGGACAGCUGCCGCACGCUGACCACGGCCAACACGAUCCUGAUCGGCGUGUCCAUCGGCGUCUACGGCGUGAUGGCCGUCGCCGGCAUCUACGGCACCGUCAUCGCCCUCGGCUUCGACCCGGGCGACGGCAAGCACCACGGCUUCCACAAGUAUCGGAGGUACUGGUCCGCGCUGAUCGUGGCGUUCCUGGCCCGCUCGAUGCUGGGGCUCGCCGCCGUCAUGGUCUUCGACUGGUUCAACAUGGGCCCCUACGACAUGUUCAGCAUGGUCUACGCCAUCGUCUACGCCGCCACCACGGCUGUCAUGUUCUUCUGCAUCGCCGGCCUGAUCAGGAUCCCGAAUCCCGUCGACGAGGAAGAGCAGCUGUUGCCACCACCACCGCCCCCGCCUCCGCCAAUGAUGCAGCACGGAAUACCCAUGGCGUACGGUGAUGCGGCUUUCGCUCCGCCAAACACAUGGGGCUACAAGCAGCCUCCCGUGGUCUAUACGCGGAUCCCGUCCGACUACCAAAUGAAUCGGAUCUGA